UUAUCAUUAGAGAUGAAACCAACAUGGUCAAAAAAGACCACGUGGUUUAAGAAGCUUUGGAGGUGGAGUCCCCACAACUGGUGGAAAACCUUGUUUAAACAUUCCGGAGGAGUAUUUUAGAUGUUAGAUGUUAUAAAUAGCUGAGUGGUGGGUAAGCAGACACCCCCCCCCAUCCCCGAGUCAUGUGCUGGCCUCACACUCACUCGCUCACUGCCGAGGGCUGAGUAUUUUAGGCACUGACAGUCACUGUUCUGCCUGACGUCAGAGAGUCAGUCCAUUAUAAAUAGUCUUUAGUGGGAAAGUGCGCGGCAACAAAUCCAUUCAGAUCACAGUCCUCAACAGCAAGUAGCACUGAGCAACAGAACCAGCUAUCUGCAAUCCCUGCCCGGACAGACAAGGUUUGGGGGUGAGAUGACACUGAACAAAACGGACAAGCUGAGGAGCCUGGAGCGGAGGCGAGGCAGUAUGCCGGUGCCCCAGUAUCAGGCUGUGCACCGAUGCAGCAUGCCCCUGGCCGAUCGGGAGUUGAGUGCGGCCAUACCCGCCCUGCAGCAGGGCAGCCUGGUACGUUGCACCUCCUACAGCCCCGGACACCCCCAGCGAGAGAGCUGGACCUCCGGCUCCUCCGACUCUGUCAUCUCCAGCGGCAGCGACAUGGACACCUGCGUCCACAAGGUGGUGCUACUGGGCGGGCACAGGGUGGGCAGGUCCAGUCUGGCCCACAUCUUCGGGGGUGUGGAGGACAGUGAGCCCCAUGAGGCCGGGGAAAGAGAGAACACGUAUGACAGAACAAUCUUGGUUGAUGACGAGGAGGCGAAUCUCAUUGUGUUUGACAUCUGGCAGCAGGAUGAGAGUAGUCGGCUACAGGAACACUGCAUGAAGCUGGGAGACGCCUACCUCAUCGUCUACUCGGUGACGGACCGAGCGAGCUUUGACAAAGCCUCAGAGCUCCGCAUCCAGCUGCGGAGAGCCAGGCAGGCCGAGGACAUCCCCAUCAUCCUGGUUGGGAACAAGACGGACUUGGUGCGCUCCCGAGAGGUCUCCGUGGACGAGGGCCGUGCCUGUGCUGUGGUGUUUGACUGUAAGUUUAUUGAGACCUCGGCUGCUCUCCACCACAAUGUGACCGACCUGUUUGAGGGCAUCGUCCGACAGAUCAGGCUGCGCACAGACAGCAAGGAGGACAACCUGCGGCGCCUGGCCUGCACCAAGCGACGGCAGAGUCUUGGGCAGAAAGCCAAGCGCUUCCUGGGCAAACUGGCAGCCAAAAACAACAAGAAGAUGGCCUUCAAGCAGAAAUCCAAGUCCUGCCACGACCUGUCCGUCCUGUGAAGCAAGAUAGAUAACAGAGUUGUCGUGAUAUCCCCCUCCCGCGUGUGUGAUUUUAACAGAAACAAAGGUCUGGGGUCCAGAUUGAGUCUGGGUUUCAGAACGGUGAGUGUGAAGCAGAUUUAGACAGUCUGUCUGUACGGGCAGUGAUGAACGAAAACUGUUACCAACCUCUGCCUUUCCUUAAAAACUCCCAUGUUACAGCACAGGGUUUUAGAUCUCGGGGUGAGGCACAGAGAGAAGGGCGAUCACUUUGUUCUUCACUUGACUGGCCCUUUAAGAAGUUAUAAAACCUGGUGACUUGCCUCAGGCUGUGUGCGACACUUGCGUUGUGUGUGUGUGUGAGUGUGUGUAUGGUACACAGGCUCAUAUGCUCCGUGUACAGGAUGUGAACAAAGUCCUAUUACCCUCAUGUUGUUUUCCGUACAGUCACUGACCAACAACCGAAACGUGGAAGAAUGAUGAUCAUUGUAUUUAGAAGUACUCAAUCGUACUUAUAAAUACUUAACUGUAUUUAGACGUCCAGAGGAUGGGUGUGAGUGUGUGUAUGUGAGUGCCAUAAUUUUCAUGACAGAUAAUGAUCUGUCGCCAUGUUCGGUACCACAUCUUCUGUAAGCUGGAUGGAGUGAGGAGAUGAUAUGCAGCUGUUUCAGCUCUUCCAGAGUCUCAGAUAAUAAAAAUGUAUUGUUAGGGGGAAAAAUAGUAACAGGAUUUUGUGGAUACCCUGUACCGGUGUAGCGAUGACACAGCACCUGAGGAGCGUCCCACUCGCUCGCUUCACUCGCACUUCGGUUUUGCUAUUGUACAGAUCAUUUCUUACCUGUUUACAUUUUUUUUGUAUUUGAAUAAAACUUUUAUUGAUCUCUA